AUCACUAAAUGGUCUCUGCAUAUUUGGUCCAGAGUGCCAGACAGUUUGUGAGACUGUCUCGGUCUGCUCAUUCCACAAUGGCAACAAGAUCCUUUGCCACCGUCAAGAACCCUGUUACCGAAAAGGACUGCAGCUCAAUCACUCCUCCUUAUGCCAAACUGACAAAGAACCUGAGUAUUGUCCAGCGUAUCUUGAACAACCGCCCUCUCACCUUAGCCGAAAAGAUCGUCUACUCCCAUCUUACAAACCCAGAGGAAACAAUUCCCGUCCGUGGCGAGACUUACCUCAAACUAUCUCCUGAUCGCGUUGCUAUGCAAGAUGCUUCUGCUCAGAUGGCUAUUUUACAGUUCAUGCUCUCAGGAAUGAAGACCACCGCCGUACCUUCUUCUAUUCACUGUGACCACUUGAUUGUGGCUCACGAGGGUGCCGAUAAGGAUGUCGUUUCUUCUAUUGCCAACAACAAAGAAAUCUUUGACUUCCUCCAGAGCUCUGCCCAAAAGUACGGCGUUGCCUUCUGGAAGCCCGGAAGUGGUAUUAUUCACCAGAUUGUUCUCGAAAACUAUGCUGCCCCUGGUGGUUUGAUGCUCGGUACUGACUCCCACACUCCUAAUGCUGGUGGUCUGGGUAUGAUUGCGAUUGGUGUCGGUGGUGCUGAUGCUGUGGAUGCCAUGGCUGAUAUCCCUUGGGAACUCAAGGCCCCCAAGGUUAUUGGUGUAAAGUUGACCGGCCAGCUCCAUCCAUGGACAAGUCCCAAGGAUGUAAUUCUCCAGUUGGCUGGCCAAUUGACCGUCCGCGGUGGUACCGGUCACAUCAUUGAAUACUUUGGCGAAGGUGUUGAUGCUUUGUCCUGCACUGGCAUGGCAACAAUGUGCAAUAUGGGUGCCGAGGUUGGUGCCACUACUUCCUUGUUCCCUUACACUCACCGCAUGCGAUCUUACCUUGGCGCUACCGGACGUACUGAGGUUGCCAAGGCUGCUGAUGCCAACGCCAACUUCUUACGUGCUGAUGAGCACUGUGAGUACGACAAGGUUAUCGAGAUUGAUCUCUCCAAGGUCGAGCCCCAUAUCAACGGUCCUUUUACACCCGAUCUCAGCACUCCCCUGAGCAAGUUCAAGAGCUUUAUUGAGGAGAAUGGCUGGAAGGAUGAUUUGUCGGCAGGUUUGAUUGGAAGCUGCACAAACUCUUCUUAUCAGGAUAUGUCUCGUGCUGCAUCAAUUGCCCAACAAGCGUCUGAUGCAGGUGUCUCUGUGAAAUCCAAUUUCUUGGUCACCCCAGGUUCAGAACAGAUCCGAGCAACCAUUGAGCGCGAUGGACAGCAGGCUGUGUUCGAGAAGGCCGGUGCCCAGGUUCUUGCCAACGCAUGUGGUCCCUGUAUUGGUCAAUGGAAGCGGACUGAUUUAGAAAAGGGCGCCCCUGAGAAUGCCAUUCUGACAUCUUUCAACCGUAACUUCCGCAGCCGUAACGAUGGCAACCCAAACACCAUGAACUUCUUGGCCGCUCCAGAGAUCGUCACUGCAAUGGCAUUUGCCGGUAAAUUGAGCUUUAACCCUAUGACUGAUGCCUUGCUGGACAAGGACGGAAAGCCUUUCCACUUCACCCCACCCCAAGGAGACGAUCUUCCUCGCCUUGGCUUUGAGGCUGGACGUGCUACUUAUGAACCUCCAUCACCUACACCUACACCUGAUCCCAGUGUUGAUAUUGCCGUGUCACCUGAGUCUAGCCGUCUUCAAGUGCUUGAUGCAUUUGAACCCUGGAAUGGAGAGGAGUUCAAGAAUGUGCGUGUAUUGGUAAAGGUGCAAGGAAAGUGCACAACAGAUCAUAUCUCUGCUGCUGGGCCUUGGCUCAAGUACAAGGGUCACCUUGAGAACAUUGCCGAGAACACUUUGAUCGGUGCCCUGAACGCAGAUAAUCAGAAAAUCAACAUGGUCCGUGAUGUGACAACAAACCAGGAAGAACCCCUCCCUGAGGUUGCCAAGAGUUACAAGCGUCAGAAUAUGCCUUGGAUGGUAGUUGCUGAUCAUAACUAUGGUGAGGGAUCAGCACGCGAACAUGCUGCUCUUCAGGUCCGCUACCUCGGCUGCCCUCUGAUCGUGUCCCGUUCGUUUGCUCGUAUUCACGAAACUAACCUCAAGAAGCAAGGUGUCCUACCUCUCACCUUUGCUAAUGAGGCCGAUUGGGAAAAGGUUUCUGGUGGUGAUGUGAUUGAAACCGUAGGUGUAGCAGGUAUUGCACCCGAGAAGCCUGUACAGCUUAUUGUGACCAAGGAAGACGGUACCAAAUUCAGCAUUGAUGCCAAGCACACAAUGAGUCACGACCAGAUCCAAUGGUUCAAGAAAGGAAGCGCUCUCAACUUGAUCAAGGAAAACAUCUCUUCGAACCUGUAGCUUUCUUCUUCUUCUUUUUUUUUGUAUUUAUUUAACUAAUUGAUUAUACACACAAUAUAUAUGUAUAUAAUAUGCCUAUUUAUGUGUGUAUAAAUAUCCGAGGUACAAUAACUUGUAGACAUUUUACGCUUAUCAACUCAACAUACACAUAACAUUCAUCAUUCUAUAAAAACUUGCUUUCUUUGUUUCCUUU